CAACGUCAUUCGCUGCCUGAGUAUCAAAUAACUCCUCUCUAUUUAAAGAGAUGCAAUCCAGUGGAGAAGAACAGGACCAAAAGAGAGAAGAAUAUGGCUUCAAAACCAGGCCCCUUCACGGAAUGGCCAUGGCACAAGCUUGGAAGCUUCAAGUACAUUAUUUUGGCACCAUUUGUGGUACGUAGCUUGUAUACGUAUUGCAUGGGAAAUGGAGAGAAGGAUACGCUGAACAUGAUAAUUAUCCCGUUACUGUUGUGGAGGUGGCUUCACAACCAGAUAUGGAUUAGCUUGGCUCGUUUCCAAACAGCCAGAAGCAAGCACAUGAUACUCCACAAGAGUAUUGAAUUUGAUCAGGUGGACAGAGAAGGCAACUGGGAUGAUCAGAUUCUCUUGAGUGGCAUUGUUGCGUACUCAUUGAGUACGGUAGUGCCUGGAGCUGCAAACUUGCCUUUAUGGAGAACUGACGGUAUAGUUUUCACAAUACUCCUUCAUGCGGGUCCGGUGGAGAUCUUGUAUUACUGGGCCCACAGAGCAUUGCACCAUCAUUUCCUGUACUCUCGCUACCACUCCCACCACCACUCCUCUAUCGUCACCGAGCCCAUCACAUCUGUGAUUCAUCCGUUUGCGGAAAUAAUGCUGUACUUUCUGCUCUUCGCAAUCCCUCUGCUGACCAUUAUACUUACUGGGACCGGUUCGAUCUCAGCCGUAGCUGGGUAUAUCACGUACAUUGAUUUCAUGAACAACAUGGGCCAUUGCAACUUCGAGCUGGUCCCUAAGUGGCUCUUCUCGAUAUGUCCACCUCUCAAGUACUUCAUGUACACGCCCUCGUUUCAUUCGCUUCACCACACCCAGUUCCGGACCAACUACUGCCUCUUCAUGCCCAUCUAUGACUAUAUAUAUGGCACCAUGGACAAAUCAUCAGAUGCACUUUAUGAAGCUUCACUCAAAGGAACGAAGGAGGCUCCACAUGUGGUCCAUCUCACCCAUCCAACCACCCUCCAUUCCAUCUACCACCUACGGCUAGGAAUUGCGUCACUGGCUUCUAAACCCUAUGCUUCCCAAUGGUAUUCAUGGAUGUUGGGGCCCAUUUCAUCGGUGUCCAUGUUGCUGUUGUGGAUCUUUGGUUCCACCAUUACGGUUGAAAGGAACAGGCUGUAUAAGCUAACAUUGCAAACAUGGGCAAUUCCAAGAUAUAGUUUUCAAUAUUUAUUAUCAUGCCAAAGAGAUGUAAUCAAUAGCUUCAUUGAGAAGGCCAUUCUAGAGGCAGAAGAGAAAGGGGUCAAAGUCAUCAGCUUAGGUCUUCUGAAUCAGGGGGAGGAAUUCAACAGAAAUGGAGAGCUUUAUCUCACAAAGCACCCGAAACUCAAUAUUAGAAUCGUGGACGGAAGUUCGUUGGCAGUUGCCAUCGUGCUUAAUAGCAUUCCCAAAGGAACAGAACGAGUCCUUCUAAGAGGAAUCCUUUCCAAGACAAGCUAUGCCAUUGCACUAGCCUUAUGCCAAAGGGGCAUUCAGAUAAUUACAGUCUGUAGUGAUGAAUAUGAGAAGCUGAAACUACGCCUUCCAGCAAAGCAUGGGUGUUACUUGUUCCACACCAACCAUUAUAACACAGCUGAGGCAUGGUUAGUAGGAGAUGGAUUGAAGGAUGAAGAACAAAGAAAAGCACCCAGAGGCACGCGUUUCAUUCCCUUCUCCCAAUUUCCUCCAAAGAGACUACGAUGGGACUGCAUUUACCACACCAAUCCUGCUAUGAUCAUUCCUCCGGCUCUCGAGAAUAUGCAUGCUUGUGAGAACUGGCUGGCAAGGCGGGUGAUGAGCGCAUGCCGUGUGGCUGGAAUAGUGCAUGCAUUGGAAGGAUGGGACACACACGAGUGUGGCCAGGGAAUGCUUGACGAUGAAAAGGUAUGGGAUGCAGCUCUUCGGCAUGGAUUCCUUCCGUUGGUGUAUGAGUGAUUUAGAUGUGUCCCAAGGAUGGAAAUAUAUAGACAUGAUAGUUAUUUAAUAAUCUCUACGUACUUGUGUUUUGUUUAAAUAUGGGAAGAACAUAGACCUAUAUUAUCAUAUGUUGUGUUUGACUGUUUCUUUGCUUCACUAUAUUGUUGAAAGGCUGCUUGUGUCCUUAGGUAUU